AGGGGGAUUUCUACGGGCGGCUGGCGGGCUCCAUCGCCCCCGAGAUCUUCGGCCACGAGGACGUGAAGAAAUCGCUGCUGCUGCUGCUGGUGGGGGGCGUGGAGCAGAACCCGCGCGGGAUGCGCAUCCGGGGGAACAUCAACAUUUGUCUGAUGGGAGAUCCGGGCGUGGCCAAAUCCCAACUGCUCUGCUACAUCGACCGCCUGGCGCCCCGCAGUCAGUACACCACGGGCCGCGGCUCCUCGGGCGCCGGCCUGACGGCGGCCGUUCUCCGCGACCCCUCCAGCGGGGACGGGGAGCUGACCCUGGAGGGCGGCGCGCUGGUGCUGGCGGACGGCGGCGUUUGCUGCAUCGACGAGUUCGACAAGAUGCUGGAGGGCGACCGCGUGGCCGUGCACGAGGCCCUGGAGCAGCAGAGCGUGGCCGUGGCCAAGGCGGGCGUGGCCGCCACGCUCAACGCGCGCUGCGCCGUGCUGGCCGCCGCCAACCCCGCCCGCGGCCGCUACGACGCCCGCAGGGGGCUGGAGCACAACCUGCAGCUGCCGGCGGCGCUGCUGUCGCGGUUCGACCUGCUGUGGCUGCUGCAGGAUUGGCCCAAGCACGAUAAUGACCUCAGGUGA